GUCUUCUGCCUGCUGCCGCUCGGCUCACACGCUGCUCCUCUCUGGACUUCCUUCUUCACUCAGCAUCUCUGUUUCCGAGGAUUAAACCACAACUGAACUCUGGAGCAUCAAACGUCUGGACGUCUGGACGAGUCGGCUCCCUCCUGACAGCAGCUCAUCCGUUCAGCACCCAUGAGGCCCGGUUCAGACCCAAUGAAGCGUCGAUAGCUUUGAGGUCACCACAGGAACUUGUGAGGCGGAACCAUGGCUCGGCGACUCCUCUGGGACAAACAGGCCGAGUUGUGAGCCAAAACCAUGAGAUGCUUCUGUAGCCGCUCCUCGUGGGUCGACGGCGUGCUGGUCCAGAUGGCGACCGGAGUGGCCAUGUGUCGGUCAAACCGCAGAAACGUAGAGGAGCUGCAGACGGACGCUCGGAGCUGAGGCUCGCAGGAGGAGGCGAAAUGUGCAACAUCUCCUUCUGUGCGGUGAACAGUAAAGUGGACGAGUUCUUCCAGCCCACGCUCUACAUCAUCGUCAUCGUCCUCGGGCUGCCCACCAACUGCAUGGCUCUGUGGGCGGCUUACAUGCAGGUACGGCAACGGAACGAGCUGGGCGUCUACCUGAUCAACCUGUCAGUGGCCGACCUGCUCUACAUCACCACUCUUCCGCUCUGGAUCGACUACUUCCUGCAUCACGACAACUGGAUUCACGGUCAGGAGAGCUGCAAACUCUUCGGCUUCAUCUUCUACACCAACAUCUACGUCAGCAUCGCCUUCCUCUGCUGCAUCUCGCUGGACAGAUACCUGGCUGUGGCCUACCCGCUGCGAUUCGCCAAAGUUCGGCGGAUAAAAACAGCCAUCCUUGUUAGCGUGGUGGUAUGGAUCAUCGAGAUCAUCGCCAACUCUGCGCCGCUGUUCCACGACGAGCUCUUCCAAGAUAGGUUCAACCACACCUUCUGCUUUGAGAAGUACCCCAUGCAGGACUGGGUGGCAGGGAUGAACCUCUACAGGACGUUUCUGGGUUUCCUGGCUCCUUGGACGGCCAUGUUGGUUGCGUACCGGGGUAUCCUGGCGGCGGUGCGUUGCAACGUCUCGACAGAAGAGCAGGAGAAAGCCAAAAUCCAGCGACUUGCCCUGAGUCUGAUUCUGAUCGUGCUGUUCUGCUUCGGGCCGUACCACGUCCUACUGCUGGUGAGGAGCGUGAUCUUCCUGCGAAAGCCAUGCGACUGUGGCGCAGAGGAGAGCCUGUUCGCAGCGUACCACAUUUCACUAGCGCUGACCAGCCUCAACUGUGUUGCAGACCCUAUUUUGUACUGUUUUGUCAACGAAGGGGCGCGGCAAGACGUGAGCCGAGCCUUGUCAGCGAUGCUAGCAUUAGCGUGCCAGCGGCGCUCCUUGUCAUCGCCGUCCCACGCAGACAUACUUAACGCAGGUUCAGUCACUGUGGAAACGCCCUUAUCUGCGAAGAAGCAGCCAUGUGUUUACACGGAAGCAAGCAAAGCAAAUAUCUACAAAACAGAGCUGGUAGCUUUGAAAGAGGAGUGUCUCCAGAUGAGCAUCCUGGGCGGAAGGUAGUGACCUCACUUUUGAAAGUCAGAAAACCAAACCCCACGCAGAAGAGAAAUCGAUUGAUUUGCCUCGUAGAAAUGUGUUUAAUGGAUGACAUAUUGCAAGUUUAGGUUCUAACUUUAGCUGCACGCGUGGAUCAAUUUCCCUAAAAAUCAAGUUGAAAAUGGAUGUAAAAAAAGUAACGUCCUGCUUCUGCAACAUAACAAACAUGGAGUCUUCUGUGCAGACCUUUGAUGGUAUCUGUCUCUCGUAUUGUUUGUCUGAAAAUAAAUCUGAGGACAAAAAAGCUGCCGUUCUUCUGUCCACUGUCCUGAAGCUGUAACACCUUCUGGAAACCAAAAUGUCAGGCCCAGGCAGCAAACACAGUCAUGAUGCUUGUAGUUCUCACAACAAAUUAAAUCCCAAGUCAGAUACCACAAUACGUUUGGGAGAACUGAUGAGAAAGCAACAUUAGAACUUCAGAAUGAAGGAAAAAGUGGGCUCCAGAUGGGGCACUUUUCUCUCGCACCACCGGGGGUCCAUCUGUGUACGUCCCUGGUGACGGGCACAGCAGAACAGGACUAGAGAAGAAGUGGAGAAACGCCAGUA